CCUACUCACUCGACCAGUGCUCCCACUCACUCACUCUGCAAAUCCAGCAUUCAGUCUUCACUAUCACACACACUGUGUGAGCCGAGAGCGGUUUCUGUCUUUCAUUCAUCCCAGUGAAGGCUGCUCACACUUUCUUCCUCCCUCUUCCCUCCCUCACGCUGGAAUUGCUUACUUUGUUUGUUUGUUUUUGCCUUUUGGUCGGAGUAGUAGUGGAUGAUAUCAACGGAGCUACGUUUCUUCUUACCUCCGCGAUACUACGGACUGGAGAGGAGUCGCUAGAGGACACGCGCAUCACGACGGAGAGCAGCGCGAGGGAGUUUUAUUAGGAGGGGACGGCGCGAUUUAAAACAAGAAAUAAACAAAACAUCUGCAUUGAACAGAAGCGUUGCCACGGACGCUCCACCUGCAGAGACUCCUGUUAUAUUUUACGGCACAGGUGCGUUGAAGGAUUAAAUACAGGCAGUUGGCGGAUGGUUGUCGUUUUCGUGGAGAGGAGUCACUGCCUCGGCGCAAGUCUCAGAUGAAGAUGAAGUCUGCGGGCGUCGUGGAUGGAGGCUUGUUCACAGAGAGCUAUUGUAACAUCUGCAAUGCCCAGCUCAUCUCCGAGUCCCAGCGCACCGCUCACUAUGAGAGUAAGAAACAUGCCAACAAGGUACGUCUGUUCUACAUGCUUCACCCUGAAGAUGGAGGACCACCUUCCAAGAGACUGCGACCAGAUAACCCAGACUGUGCAGAGACAGAGGUGGACAGGAACAAGUGCUGUACCUUGUGUAACAUGUUCUUCACUUCCGCCAUUGUGGCCCAGUCCCACUACCAGGGGAAAACCCAUGCCAAGAGAGUCCGCCUGGUGUUGGGGGAGCCACCCAGCCUACCCACAGCCAUGACCAGCCCUACAAACACAGAUUCCUCCCCUUCCACCCCGGUGCCCACAGACCCCGCUGCGUGUCCCCCUCCUUCCCCUGCCCUGCCCUGGCCCAUGGCGGUGGACGGCGGAAACAGUGGAAGAGAGGCCGGGAAAUACUGCUGUCUGUGCAGAGCCUGGUUCAACAACCCGCUAAUGGCCCAGCAGCACUACGAGGGCAAGAAACACCGCAGGAACGCAGCCAGAGCACGCCUCCUGGAGCAGCUAGCAGGCAGUCUGGAUGCCACAGAGAGCACAGGUCAGCCUCUUGGCCCCGAGCCCAACACAAGUGGGCUGCGCAGUAGUUACUCCUGCAGUGUCUGCAGUGUGGUCCUCAACUCCAUAGAGCAGUACCAUGCACACCUCCAGGGCUCCAAGCACCAGAACAAGAUGAGCUUUGGCUUGUGUAAGGAGCUUUCCGGAGGAGACGAAAGCACGGCUGACAGCGGCAGGGGAUUAGCUCUCACCGAAGAAACAUCCAUGAAAACUGUCCUGAAGCAACACCAGCAGUAAGCCACGGAGGCAGGCCACUCUGGAAAGAAGAAGAAAUGGAGACAGACAUUAUUGGAAUAAACAACUUCAGAAAAGUGGACUUGGGUCAGAUACCGAAGAGUAUGAGAAAAUAUUGCAGAGUAACUUUAGUGUAUGUGUGUGUGUGAGAGUGUGUGUGUGUGUGUGUGUGUGUGUGUGUGUGUGUGUGUGUGUGAGUGUGUCUGUGUGUUUGUUUCAUAUCCCAGUGGGGACUUUAACCUGAAUGCACACUAACCCAAAAUUUGAGGUCCCCACAGGUAAAGACUGCCUUUUAAGGGUUAAGACUUGGUUUUAGGGUACAGGUUACAGUUAGGUUAGGGUAAGAGUUAAGGUUAGGCACUUAGUUGUGCUGGUUAAGGUUAGGGUAAGGGGCUAGGGAAAGUAUUAUGUCAAUGAUAGUGAAACAAACGUGUGUGUGUGUGUGUGUGUGUGUGUGUGUGUGUGUGUGUGUGUGUGUGUGUGUGUGUGUGUGUGUGUGUGUGUGUGUGGGCAACCAUGCACGCGUCUGCAGUAUGCAUGUGUGGGUCAUUGUGAGUGUGUUUAUUUCUAUCUUUGAUCUAAAAAUAUAUCUCUGAGAUUUAUUCAGCACUUAAGUGUUUGAUAUGAGUUCUCGACACCAACAGCCGUCAGAAGACUUGCGGCUGCAUAUUGCCAUAUAACUCCUGUGUGAACCACAAUCCUAAAAUUAAACCGAUGUCAGUGCGUUGCUCAGAGUGGUAAUAACCAUUACAAUGAUAGUCAUAGAGCAGCAGUAAUAAUAACUCUGUAACUAACUGUCCUCCAAGUGCUCUGACAGUAAUCAAAGUCUGAACACAGUCUUCUGUUUCAACAUGCAUUACAUAUACAGAUGGUGGCACAUGCAUGGCUCACUGUCAGACCACUUGAGACCUACUCAGGCCGAGACUUUCAAAUCCAAGGAAAAGAAAACUCCCAAUGACCUCAGCCAUUACAGAUUGCAUGAAUUUCAAUAACUUUGAAAGGUAUUUUUGGUUUGAAUCUUGUGUUUAAAUGUAGUGGAUCGAUAAAUGUAGUGGAUCGAUGUCCCUUUUUUUUCUAAAUGGUGGAUUUGUCAUUUUUAAACCCAUCUUUUCAUAUAUUCCAUAUUAUCAAAAUGUGGAGAUGUGGCAUGGUUAUAGUACAGAAGGCAGUGGAGAAAAGCAGCACAAAGACUUUUAAACUCCUGCUCUGAAGUGAGGGUCUGUGCAACUUUGUGAAUCAUCUACUGUUGAAAACAUUCCCACAGCACUGAAUACUGAUGUCAGAUGCAAUCCCGAGGUGACAAAAAUUCUCUUCUCUGUUGAGAUGAGCGACAUGUAGAUAAUAUUUUUGUAUUUUUCUGUUGCUAUGGCCAGAGGGGAAAAAAACUUGACUCCCAGUCCAUGUAGCAGCCAAUGUACAAAACAACUGGGAUGUAAUUCAAUGCAUGCAAGAUGUAAAACGUUGCAUUCACUUGCCUUUCUGAAACCUAUUGCUUGCGCGUUUUGGCAAUAGCGCUGCUUUCUAGUGAUAGCUUCGUAAUGCAUUACUGUACAUGCUUGCACCUGAACAAAGAGGUGACCUUUUAGUACUGAACUGGCUUCUUUUCAACAUCUAAUUUAUUCAUCAAAAAAGGAAAACUUUUUGAUACCUAGAAAUUAGAUCAGUCACCGCUGUAUAACACCCCUCAUCUGUAGUGUCUUCAGAGUGUCUGUAAAGUGAGUUUCAACAAUGGUUUGUAGCAUCAUAAGAUGAGCAAAGAGAAGACACGCUCCACUUUCCUGUGCUGGCACUGAGAUCGUCCCUGAGCAGCAUUUCUCUAUAAGCUGGGGAAAGGACUAAAAAAUACAGCACUCAACGCAAAGCUAUCCUCUGUUAGUUCUUGUUGGGUCAAGCUCUGUUUUUUUUUCUGUGUAAACACAUUAAAAAUCUUUUUAUUUUGUGCUUUGUUCAUUUCAUGGUGAAGAGAGUGAACUACGAAUGACCUGAUUAAAAAUUGUUUUUUCUUCUGCAGACGUAUGGGAUGAGUAAUGGUUUUAUGCAAUCACACUGUAAUACUAACAACCAUAUAAUGUGGGUUUGAAGUGAAAUAGUUUAACAAAGAGAAAAAAAGUGGUUUGUGUAAAUAAGCAGAAGCUGCAGGUGACGUUUGUGUUUUAAGAAGUACAAAAGUUUUGUAUUCAUGGUGUUUAUUUGCACUGAGCUUCAGGGUGAUAAGGGAAAUGUGUUUCUUAUGGAUAUUAUUGAAAAAUACAAAUAUGCUGGCACUGAAAUGAGAAUAAACUGUUUUGGUGGUUCAUGUUUUUGAAUGGAUAACCAUCAGUGAAAAUAAACUUAUCCUGAGCCGAGGAGUCUGUGAUGAUGGACUAAAAUCCAGCGAAUGGAAGACAGUGAGUGAUCGAACUCACUCAAAGCGAUUUUGAAUACUGCUGUUUUCAUGAGGACGACCACAAUCACCACAAAGACAGCCCCUCAGAGAAGCAUCUGAUAUGUGACUGCUUUGCCAGUGGUUUCAUAAAAACAGCCAAAACAACGAUGCAGGACUACAGACUGUUGGAUAUUAACAUGACGUCUAAAAUGACCAACCCCUCUGUUGUCGGUAAUGCCAUAAGAAAAACACAAAAACAAGAAGUCAUUUGGCAUUUUUGAUGUGCAUCAUGACUGUUUUGAUGACUAUUUACACUGACUCCUUUCUCUCCAGCACUGGUGUAUUCACAAUAGAAGCGGUGUCUGCGUGUGCCGAUAUGACAGUCUUUGCAGAGGAUGGCUGUGCCAUGAGUCACAUAUUUUAGCAGAUGUUACAUAACAUAUGACAGAAAUGUAUCUAUGGGUAGGAAUUCUGUGAUAUGAUGCUUGCGGGUAGGUGUUUGUGUAUGUGAAACUGUCAACUGCACUGGCAGUGGGAGACUCGCUGUGAGCUGUGUACUGUGAGCACAUUUGUAAACACACCUGAUGAUGAAUACAAUGAAAACGACAACUAUAUCUAUUUUCUCUUGCAAAA